AUGUCAGCUUCCAAUGCAUCUCAGACAUGCAAGGAUUACAGCUUCAACCACCACCUCCUCCUGCCUGGCUACAUCCUGAUAUUCAUUACAGGUCUGUUGCUGAACGUGAUGGCCCUAUGGAUAUUCAUCCGCUACCUGCGCCUCAAGUCUGUGGUGAUGAUCUACAUGUUCAACCUGGCCGUGAGCGACCUCACCUUCACACUCCCUCUGCCACUGCGACUCUACUACUAUUCCAACCACCACUGGCCCUUUGGUAACACCCUGUGCCAGGUCUCUGGCUCUGUUUUCCAAAUCAACAUGUAUGGCAGCUGCCUGUUCCUCAUGUGCAUCAACCUGGAUCGCUAUGUUGCCAUUGUCCACCCACUUCGCUGGCGGCAUCUGCGGCGCCCCAAGGUGGCUAAGCUCCUUUGCCUGAUCGUCUGGGUUGUCAUCUUCAUGGGCUCCAUCCCCACAGCAAUAGUCCACAAGCAAAACGACUGUGAGGCACAGAACCAGACCAUUCAGACCAUUUACGUGUGUUUUGAAAGCUUUAGUGACGACAUAUGGCAGAAUAACCUCUUCCCCCUAGUUGUCCUGGCUGAAAUCUUGGGGUUUCUCCUGCCUCUCAGCUCUGUAACAUACUGCUCGAUUCGGAUCUUUCAGGAGCUCUGUCAGAACAGCCAGACAAAGACCCUGCGACAGAAGAAGACUGUCCGUCUCCUCUUGGCCAAUCUGGUCAUCUUCAUCAUCUGCUUUGUGCCCUACAACACUACCCUGGCAGUUUAUGGGAUGAUAAAGGCCCGGGUGAUGAAAGUUGAGGAAGGAACACAGGCCUCCGUGCGCCAAGUGUUAAUUACAACAAUGUUGUUGGCCAGCAUGAACUGCAUGCUGGACCCCUUGAUCUACUACUUUAGUACCGAGGGUUUCCGUAACACCUUUAAGAAACUGCGGCGGGGACAAGCCUGGGACUCAGACAUAGGGACACUUAAGAAUCAGGUUGUGGAGAGUAAGUCAACCCGAAACCAUGCUGCCUCAAAAGUGAAGCAGUUCCCAGCUAAAAACUUUAUCCGUCCCAAUGAAUCUUUGCCAUCACUUCCCACUGCAGUAUUUUUGAAUGGCCCUAUUGAGGACUCAGAAAUAUAA